AUGACCCAUCGAUCGAAAACAAUCGUGAUACCUGUUGACGAUGAUGAAACGGGGACGCACAAUGAACCACAAGUUUCCUUAGCGAGUUCUUACAUACAUUUUCACGGACCAGUCGAAGGCCCGGAAUACGAAGUGAAAGUACCAUACGUUUUUCUAAAGAAUCAACACAAUCAUUUUUCUCAAAGAAUUGGCCAAGAUCAGGAUUUUCAAGAUCACGGAGAUGCUCUCGACUAUAUCGCGAAUCCAAAGUAUCAAUUCGCUUAUGGCGUUGAGGAUCAUCAUACCGGUGAUUUUCAUGGACAGAAAGAAUCAAGAAAUGGUCAUAGUGUAUCUGGCGAGUAUAGUGUAAAGGAACCCGGAGGUGCCUUAAGGAUUGUCAGUUAUCACGCUGAUAAAGAUGGAUUCCACGCUAUAGUUCAUACUUCCGGUAAAAAUGAUCACGCCUCAACCAGUUUCUAUUCUCAGCAAGAUCAAGUCCAAGUUCAAAUUCAAGAUCGCGAUCAUGAUCGCGAUCAAGGAUUAGAUAAUCAUAAAGAAAAUCAUUCGCUUCGUAACUAUGAGACUUCAUAUUCGGAGAGUCAGGAAAUUAUACAGGAAAUCGAUUACAAGGGAUUAAACGUUCAAGUUUGUGGUAAACUAAAGUCAAUAUAA